AUGCAACCUAGAACUACAACUACAGCUCCACCUACAACUUCAACCAGAACUACUUCUACUAUUACCACAUCUAGAAUCACAGGUUCUCCUACUACAACCACAACUCUACCUACAACAACUACAACCACAACUACAACCACAACUCCAUCUCAACUAAGAACCACAACUCUGCCUACCACAUCCACAAUCAAAACUCCAAGUCCACCGACUACAACUACAACUAAAACCACAACUUCACCUACUACAACUACAACCACAAUUCCAACUUCACCUACUACAACUACAACCACAAUUCCAUCUUCACCUUCUACAACCACAACUCCAGCUCCACCUACUACAACCACAACUCCAUCUCCACCUACUACAACCACAACUACAACUUUACCUACAACUAAAACUACAACCACAAAACCUGCCCCAACUCCAUCUACUUCACCUUCAACUACAACCACAACUCCACCUCAACCAAGAACCACAACUCUUCCUACUACAACCACAAUCAAAACUCCAAGUCCACCGACUACAACUACAACUUAAACCACAACUUUACCUCCAGCUUUACAACUCUAUCUCAACCUACUACAACCACAACUCAAGCUCCACCUACUACAACCACAACUCCAGCUCCAACUACUACAACCACAACUCCAUCUCCACAUACUACAACCACAACUCAAGCUCCACCUACUACAACCACAACUACUUCUCCACCUAUAACAACCACAACUUCUCCUACCACUUUAACCACAACUUCACCUACUACAACCACAGCUAA